AUGGCGCCGCAACAGCAGAACUCGACAUUCAUCGAUGAUAAUCUGGACAGCUGUCCAUCGCUAUUGAAUCUACCCGAGAGCCCCAUUCUGCCCACCCGUCGUCGGUGUCAAAAUCAAGACACCACCAGCAGCAGCAGCAGCAACAACAACAACAACAAUAAUAAUAUGAAUAAUAAUAAUAAUAAUAAUAAUAAGCGGACUGCAUUCGAGGAGCAAGCGCCUAAUCCCGUAACAUGCAAAAAUAAACACGGCAAGGAAAACGGAAACGUUGGCCAGGCCAGUCGUCGCCAUCGCUCCAUUUCCCUCUACGGCGUUAAUAGCACUGUGGAACAGGGCCAAAAGGAAAUCCCCAUUUGGAUGGACGAUGGGGAGCCGCGUUACGUAUCGGGAGUGACGAACAAAACGACUUGCGAUGACAUAAUCAAGGCCCUGAUUGAUGACGAACUGAACAAUAGGAAGGACGGGAAUUACUGCGGCAAUAAUCCAAAAGAUGGCGGCCAGAGGACUACGGCGGUAGCAGCAUCGCGUGACUACGGCGAUUACAUUAUAACGGAAAGUUGGGGCGGCGUUGAGCGGAGCUACGAUGGCAACAUGGCCAUUUUGCCCGUUUGGCGCGCUUGGAGCCGUGUACACAAUGAGCUCCGCAUAUCCCUCAAACAUCGCGAUAACUUCAAGGACCCUCGGACCAUGCAGUUAGUGCCCCAUUCACAGCCUCACUCAAGUUUUUCAAUGAUCAAAUGGUUGAAGAAGCUGUUUCAUCUCAAGAAAAGCAAAAAGAAUAUGCCAAAACACCCCAAAACGCCACCCAAGGUGCCCAAUAAAUUAAAGGAUCAAAAGCAAACCGUGUCAAAUGAACUGGUUCUGGUUAUAAUGCCAGAUCAACUCUAUAAGGGCACGGAAAACGCUGCCAAGGCUAAGCUAUAUAAACUGGCCGAGAAUCGAGUGUCCAAGCAGCGACAUCGAAGGCGCAGCCGUCACGAACCAUCCAAGUUAUCGGUGGAAACCUUCCUGACGGCCAUUCCCAGCGAAAGCAACAAUAAUAAUUAUAAUAUUAAUAACAAUUGCAUCAGAAGGCGCAAGGAUAAGCCGUUGCGCAACAGUGUUCGCAAUAAGUUGGCCUCCCUGCACGCCGAUAUGAAUGUUCGCUAUGAACGGGAGUACGCGCUCACCCGUCAGUUAUCCGAAAAGUGUCGAUUAUAUCGAUUGCAGAACGAACGGUACAAGGGACCGGAAAUGGAGGUAUCGGUUGGGCAGCUUCAGGAAAAUAUCGAAGCCUAUGCCGAGGAUAUCAUCAAAACGGAACACGAGCUCCUUGAACUGAAAAAUGAAAUCCGACACGAUAUUUCAUUGAUUAAUAAUUUGAAACGUCUGACCUUAGAGGCAACUGAGGCAGACAAGGUGGAAAAGCCAAAAAUACCACAAACAUCCCGAAAAGUUACACUUCAAGUUGCUAAAAACACACAGGAAAUGCAGUUUGUUGAUAAUAUUUACGAGUUUUGCGAUAACAAUGCCAGUAUGUUGGUUUAG